UCAGCGGGAAGCAACCGCGUUUGAAUUUCGAAUAAAUUUUCCCGCGUUGUAGUUUCAAAGUUGCCAGGUUGUGUUCCAUUUUCGAAUUGGAUUAUCCGUUGUUACCUGCAUGGAGGUUUCAAAUCUGUAUCAGUGCCCAUUGUGAUGGCUUGGUGUGUGCAAGUGAUGUGAUUUUCUAGUGAAGAAAGUGAUUUCAUCACAAAGGAUUACAGUGAUUAAUAUUGUUGGAAAACACGUGAGAACAGCAUUGUAAUAGCAGAGAUGUCGGCCACAGCUACCAGACAUGUGAAGGCAUCUAACUCCGCCAACAUCCUGAUGUGCAAACAAUGGUGGAAGGUGUGCUGGAUGCACGGCGACCAGGAGAAAUACUACAGACAACUCUACGGCAAAAGAAAAAUAAACAACAUCAACACAAACUUCCUAAACUUCGAUGCUAUGGACGUCAAAAGACCCGGCGCUCAGAUAACUGAACUCACAGAUGAUUUUUUUGAAGAUAAUUUGAAUCCAGAAAUAGAACCUGCUCCCGAUGAAGGAGCAAAAACAGAAGAAAAAUACACAUUUGGUGUUGAAUCCGAACCAAUAUACGGGUUCGACAUCCAAACCACGUGGCAGAAAGACCAAAGACGGCAACCGAUCCAACAAAACUAUGACGAAUACAUGAACACAGCAGAUCUAGACCAAAUCUUAGGUACAAGUUUAAGUUCAGAUAGUAUAAAGAGUAUGUUAGAGAACGGGCUACCUCUACAAUCGAAGUCCAAACCUCAAUUAUUGGACUCGAAAGAAGAGAUUCUUAGGAAUGGUAAUACUUUUGGGAAGACGUCCAAAACUGUAUGUCGGACUAGAAAAGGGGCGAUAGUUACGGAGGAAUCUGAGAUUUCUACCGAUGGGAAGACGGCAGCUAAUUUCAAGUUCCAAAGGUCGACGGUGAAGACGGGUCCGAAUAAGAUGAAGGAGGUGCUGCAGCCUUUGAAGGAGGAUGCAGUGUUAGACGAGUGCUCGAGGAAGAAGUGCGUCGGUGACAAGCUGACGACCACCACCACGACGCUGGUGACGGUGUCGCAGACGUCGGUGACCUGCUGUAAUGAACCAGUCUGCAGAAACUGCGUGGUAUCUCCAACCGGAUCAUCACCACCACCACUCCACGAGCACCCGUCAUCGCCGCCGCCGCCUGCGCCCUCCUCCCCCAUCUCCUCCCCGCGCCUCUUGCCCUCCCUCCCCUCCCCCCAGCCCAGCCAUAGCGGCUCCUCAGCGCCCAGCCAGUCGAACUCCCCCCAUCCAUACUCCUACCCAAACUUCAGAAGAAGUCAGCCCGUACAAGGGAACUACCCCGACUACAAUCUCCUGCACAGCCACAGCGUGUCCCAAAUAGCCCAGCCAGGGCAAAGUUACCAGUCGCCCCAGUCUCCUCAAUCUGCUAUGUCGCUGUCUCCUCACCCUGUGCCCCAGGGGAAGUUGAGGGGCCUGCUGGAGCACGCGGAGAGACUCAUGAAGCCAGGGGACCCGCAUCGGCACUCCCAGAGCGAUGAUGACUCGGGCUGCGCGCUCGAGGAGUACACCUGGGUGCCGCCGGGGUUAAGGCCUGAACAGGUGCACCUGUACUUCUCCGCGCUGCCGGAGGACAAGGUCCCGUACGUGAACAGCGUGGGCGAGCGCUACCGGCUCAAGCAGUUGCUGCAGCAGCUGCCUCCGCAGGACAAUGAGGUGCGCUACUGCCACGCGCUGUCGGACGAGGAGCGCAAGGAGCUGCGGCUGUUCAGUGCGCAGCGCAAGAGAGAGGCGCUGGGCCGCGGUCAGGCGCGUCAGCUGCAUGCGCCGGCGCCGUGCGAGCGGUGUGAGGAGUCGAUGUCGGCGGGCGACAUGUGCGUGUCGGCGGCACGCGCGGGUGCUGCAGCGCGAUGGCACCCCGGCUGCUUCGUGUGCGCCGCGUGUCAGGAGCUGCUGGUGGACCUGGUGUACUUCUGGAAGGACGGCCGCCUGUACUGCGGCCGCCACCACGCCGAGACGCUAAAGCCGCGCUGCUCCGCUUGUGAUGAGAUAAUAUUAGCAGACGAGUGCACGGAGGCGGAGGGCCGCGCGUGGCACAUGAAGCACUUCGCGUGCGCCGAGUGCGCGCGGCAGCUGGGCGGCCAGCGGUACAUCAUGCGCGAGGCGCGGCCCUUCUGCCUGCCCUGCUUCGACGCCUGCUUCGCCGAGUACUGCGACGCCUGCGGCGAGCCCGUGGGCGUGGACCAGGGCCAGAUGUCGCACGAGGGCCAGCACUGGCACGCCACCGAGCGCUGCUUCGCCUGCCACACCUGCCGCGCCAGCCUCCUCGGCCGCCCCUUCCUCCCACGCAAAGGAGCCAUAUUCUGCUCCAUUGCUUGCUCGAAGGGAGAACCGCCGACGCCGUCGGACUCCUCCGGCCCGGGACCUAGACCCUCGCGAGUCCCUCGACCGAGGCGAGUCCCGUCGCCCAAAUCGCCGCCCCGAACACCUGAAAGACAACCCUCGCCACACAUAGACGCCGAUUCCGAACCCAGCUGCUCGUUAGCGCCGGAAUCACCCCCACCUCACCCACCGCCCCCGCCCCACGCUUGCCUAAGUCUAGAUCGAGCGCUAGCAGACUUGCGACUAGAGCAAUCCAUGACGGAACACCAAAUACAACCGACUCCGACUUCGGAGGAACACAGAGAGGAGGAAUCGCCAGAAGACUGGAAACCUCCUCAUCCUGUUGAAGCCCAGGCGGUGGUGACUCCCGGCCACUCGUCAUCGAUGCCAGAAUUAACUUUAGUAGAUGGAAAAUCUCCGAGGAAAGCCAGAGGCGGAAGAACUGUGAGAUUUUGCGGAGACGACAACGAGGCCUUCGAGCCGGACGAGCCGGUGAGAAGAGAGAAGGUCCGAGACGACGACGCCAGCAGCUACUGCAGCACGUGCUCCUCGUCGUCGUCUUCAGCAGAAUCAUAUACCCUACCGACGAGAAGAGCAUACGGUGGAGUUCGAAUAUCGUACGUCCCCAACGACGCGGUCGCGUGCGCGCGCCGCGAGCGGCAGAGGAAGAAUGCGCAAAACGACAAGAACUGUAUCAUCUCGUGAUCCUGGGUCCUCCUAGUGCCUCACAACCUCUCCUAGUGACAGCAACCUCCGAUGAAAAGACUGACUCUUUGAUAGGUUAGCCCCUAAACGCCAUAGUACUUUAAGACCGUAAUUUUAACCGCGAAUCGUCUUCCAAUGUAGAAAGAUCGCUUUAAUCGGCCAACUGGUGGGUUUGGCCGAGGGGUGUGAGCGCGCGGCGCCAGGUGUGCGCGGACGCACAAAGGCCCGCUAUCAAAGCGUGCGGUUUCGACAAAUUUGUUUGCAGUUUGAUUGUAAUUUGGGCGUAAUCGCGUCUAAACUUGCCACAUGCGUCAUUCAUCGAUACACCUUUCACGCCGAAUGGCUUUGACGCCUUUGCUUCUCUUUAUUCAGUUCACGUGGGGCUUAAAGUUAGUGUCUGUAUUAUAAACGUCAGCUUUAACUUAUUCGGGAGUUUAAUAUAUGCGUAAAUUAAUCCACAUAUCGUAUGCUUUUGUAACUAUAACUCAUAUCUUGUUAAAAAGUUAAUUUUAAGACAUAUCCCACUUUGCCACUUAGAUGUAACUUAGAUAAGUUUGUAUAAGAAUGGUAAAAUAUCUAAGUAAAUUCUGUAAAUGGAACUAAGUACAAAUGUAUAUCGUAUUAUUUUGUAUAACACUUUAUUGAGCGUGUUCAGAUUUUGAUACUAAAUGUAAAUAUGUUAGUUUUAAGAUUGCCUUACGUAAUUGAAGUUAUUUAUGCAAUAAUAAUCACGUUAUUCUAAAGAAAGUUGUGAAUAGUGUACCGUUAAUUAAUUGAUUGCUCAAUAUUUAUUUCUUGUAGCAGCUAAAUUAAAGCCAAUGACAAUACUCAUUCAUAUUUAUUAGAAGUUCAUGAAUCCAAUUAUAUUAAUAUUUACGCAACAUAAUAUUUAGCGUCUGUCAAACAGUAGGCGAUUGAGUGUGACGUGUCACGCCCGUUGUUUGGCAAAAUAUUAACAGAAAAUCACCCAGCCGCUGGCGGUUCCUUUGAAAUAAGUAAUCACAAUCUAAAUGAAGUAAUUGUAAAUGUAAGGCACUUAAAAUUAAAUAUCCCAAAAAUAUUUCAAAGUAAAAAUGUAAUGUAAAGAAAUUAAUCAGAUUUUUGUACAAAUAAUUUGUAUUAAUGUAAGUUUUGUAAGUUAUUUGUAUCGAGAGAUGAAUAAAAUGUUUU